AUGAUGAAAACACUGAGCGAUGGCGUCGUCGACGCUCGGAGCGACACGGUGACCAAGCCGACCGCGAAUAUGCGCCGAGCGAUGGCGGACGCGGUGGUCGGGGACGACGUCUUGGGCGACGACGCGACGGUGAAGGCGCUGGAGCGAGCGAUGGCGAAGCGUUUCGGAUUCGAGUCCGCGGUGUACACGCCGAGCGGGACGAUGGCGAACUUACUCGCGGUCGCGACGCAUUGCGACGAGCGUGGGAGCGAGUGCAUUUGUGGGGAUAAGUCGCACGUGCAUCUGUACGAACAGGGUGGGAUGUCAUCGCUGAUGGGGGUGCACUCAAGAACGUUGGCGAAUCGAGACGAUGGGACGAUCGCAAUCGAGGACAUUAAGGGCGCGAUUCGGGCCGUGGGAGACGAUCACUUUCCGGUGACGAAGGUUGUUUGUCUGGAGAAUACGCAGAAUAAGUGCGGGGGGAAGGUUUUGAGUCGAGAGUACGUUCGCGAGGUGUCGGCGCUGUGCAAGUCGAGAGGGGUCAGGUUGCACAUGGAUGGCGCGCGAAUUUGGAACGCAAUCGUGUCGUCUGGCAUCCCGACGGAAGAAAUCCUCGAGGGAUGUGACUCUGCGAGCGUGUGCCUGAGCAAAGCCAUCGGGGCGCCGGUCGGAAGCGUGUUGCUCGGUGAAACCGAGUUCGUGCGAAAGGCGAAGCGUUUGCGCAAAGCGCUGGGAGGAUCGAUGCGACAAGUCGGUGUUUUAGCCGCCGCCGCGCUCGAAGCCAUGACUGAAGUAUUUCCCAUGCUCAAGGAUGAUCAUGCGCGGGCGCGAAAAUUCGCGAGUGCGCUCACGGGGUUGAACGGAUUGGAAGUCAUGACGCCAGACUCAAACAUGGUUUUCGUGCGCAUCACCGCGCCGGGUGUCACCUGCGAAACAUUCGUGGCUGAACUCGAGGAUAAUCACGGCAUACUGGUGUUACCGACGAGUGCGGACACCAUUCGCGUCGUGUUCCAUCAUCAAAUCACGGACAGGGCCGUGGAGCGCCUCAUCUCCGGCUUUCGUGAGAGCCUUAGUGAACUUGCGAGAGGCUCGCACGUGCUCGAUAAGCUCAUGUCACGAGUAGACGCACUUGAGACGUAA